UCCAGUAUCCAUCAUGUCAAGUGCUGAAUUGUGUGGCAUCACUCCGCGGAACACCAGGGUAGUUGGAGGUGAAGAUGCUCCAGCAGGAAGUUGGCCCUGGCAGGCUAGUCUGCAGAGAUUUGGCAACCAUCUUUGUGGUGGUUCUCUCAUCAACAGAGAGUGGGUAAUGUCUGCUGCUCACUGCUUCUCCAGUACCAGUAUUUCUGGAUGGCAGGUUUCUCUCGGUCGUCAGAAUCUGCAGGGCAAAAACCCAAACGAAGUGUCCAGAACUGUUGCCAGAAUCAUUUUACAUCCAAACUAUGACAACAACACCAACAACAAUGACAUCGCUCUGCUCAGACUCUCCUCACCAGUCGAAUUCACAGACUACAUCAGACCUGUGUGUCUGGCAGCCAGUAGAAGUGUGUUCAACAACGGCACUGAUAGCUGGGUCACUGGCUGGGGAGCAGUCAAGGAGAGAGUUUCAUUACCCUUCCCUAAAACUCUACAAGAAGUGGAGGUGCCAGUUCUGGGAAACAGACAGUGUAACUGUCUCAAUGGAGUCGGCACAGUCACAGACAACAUGAUCUGUGCUGGUGUUCUGGCAGGAGGCAAAGACUCUUGUCAGGGUGACUCAGGAGGUCCAAUGGUGAACCAGCAGGGCUCUGUCUGGGUCCAGUCUGGAAUCGUUAGUGUUAGUUUUGGCUGUGCUCGGCCCAAUCUGCCAGGAGUCUACUCCAGAGUGUCCAGUUACCAUUACUGGAUCGACUCCCACAUCACAUGUGAUAAGCCAGGCUUUGUCCAGUUCAGCUCCAGUGGGCUGGAUGCUGACAGCAGCUACACCUGUCCUGGCCUGCCACCUCCUGUCAUCACUAUUACUACUACUGAUGCUACUGGUACAGCAGGACCAGAUGUUACAACCGCAGAGGCAGUAUCCAGCAUGUUAAGUGCUGAUUUGUGUGGCAUCACUCCGCUGAACACCAGGAUAGUUGGAGGUGAAGAUGCUCCAGCAGGAAGUUGGCCCUGGCAGGCUAGUCUGCAGAGAUUUGGCGGCCAUAUUUGUGGUGGUUCCCUCAUCAACAGAGAGUGGGUGAUGUCUGCUGCUCACUGCUUCUCCAGUACAAGUACAUAUAGAUGGACGGUUUCUCUCGGUCGUCAGAACCUGCAGGGCAAAAACCCAAACGAAGUGUUCAGAACUGUUGCCAGAAUCAUUUUGCAUCCAAACUAUGACAGCGACACCAACAACAACGACAUCGCUCUGCUCAGACUCUCCUCACCAGUCGAAUUCACAGACUACAUCAGACCUGUGUGUCUGGCAGCCAGUAGCAGUGUGUUCAACAACGGCACUGAUAGCUGGGUCACUGGCUGGGGAGCAGUCAAGGAGGGAGUUUCAUUACCCUUACCUAAAACUCUACAAGAAGUGGAGGUGCCAGUUCUGGGAAACAGACAGUGUAACUGUCUCAAUGGAGUCGGCACAGUCACAGACAACAUGAUCUGUGCUGGUGUUCUGGCAGGAGGCAAAGACUCUUGUCAGGGUGACUCAGGAGGUCCAAUGGUGAACCAGCAGGGCUCUGUCUGGGUCCAGUCUGGAAUCGUUAGUUUUGGUUUUGGCUGUGCUCGGCCCAAUUUGCCAGGAGUCUACUCCAGAGUGUCCAGUUACCAGUCCUGGAUCAACUCCCACAUCACAUCUGAUAAGCCAGGCUUUGUCCAGUUCAGUUCCAGUGGGCUGGAUGCUGACAGCAGCUACACCUGUCCUGGCCUGCCGCCUCCUGUCAUCACUAUUACUACUACUGAUGCUACUAGUACAGCAGGACCAGAUGUUACAACCGCAGAAGCAGUAUCCAGCAUGUUAAGUGCUGAAUUGUGUGGCAUCACUCCGCUGAACACCAGGAUAGUUGGAGGUGAAGAUGCUCCAGCAGGGAGUUGGCCCUGGCAGGCUAGUCUGCAGAGAUUUGGCGGCCAUAUUUGUGGUGGUUCCCUCAUCAACAGAGAGUGGGUGAUGUCUGCUGCUCACUGCUUCUCCAGUACAAGUACAUAUAGAUGGACGGUUUCUCUCGGUCGUCAGAACCUGCAGGGCAAAAACCCAAACGAAGUGUCCAGAACUGUUGCCAGAAUCAUUUUGCAUCCAAACUAUGACAGCGACACCAACAACAACGACAUCGCUCUGCUCAGACUCUCCUCACCAGUCGAAUUCACAGACUACAUCAGACCUGUGUGUCUGGCAGCCAGUAGCAGUGUGUUCAACAACGGCACUGAUAGCUGGGUCACUGGCUGGGGAACAGUCAAGGAGGGAGGUGAGUCUGCUUGA